AUGUCUUCUUAUACGUUGCUUGAUCAAACGGAAGAAGACGCUUUACACAAGUCACGCCUCUUGAAUGUGGAAGAGAAGCCAUUCAAAAGAAUCACGAAACGCCUUCUAGGCCCGAACGCUCUAAUCUCCCGUCCUCUGACCUUACCUCCAACUCCCCCACCUGACAGCCUCCCAGCGGAGGAUGAAUCCGCUGCCCUUGAGAGAGAAAAUCAAAGCCAACUCGAAGAGCGACGACAGUGGCGUGAAGAUGUUCUGCUUGACUUUGCCGCUUUCGAAAGUAGCAUUGUGAGAAUACAAUUCCUAAUUACAAGCAACAUCAAAGAGCGCGAGAGAUAUGCUUCUGAAAAGGUGAAGAUAGAGAACACGGCGCAAUCAGUCAGAGAUAAUACCACCGAUCUCCGACUCCAACUUGAGGAUGCACAAAGAAAGCUAGCCUUACGGCAGGAAUACGACGAGCUUGCAGAAAAGAUCAUCAGUAACCCUAGGCUCAAGCCAAGAGACGAACAGCAACAAAAUAUCGAAAAGCUGCAUGUGGAGAUCGCUGAGCUAGAGAGAGAAAGCCAAGACUAUGCACAAACAUGGGGUGAGCGAAGAGAACAAUUCGGCAAGAUCAUUGAGGAGGGUAAGCAGCUUCGGCGGUUGAUUAGAGACGAGAAAGAAGAGGUGGAACGGAGAGAAGGCAUGGAAGGUCAAGAAGAAGGCGAUGAAGACCGCAAGAGGGAAGGCAGCAGUUUCGGUACCCCUGCACCUGAAAGCGCAGGCGGAGCGACGCCUAUGCUCGGGGUGGAGAAGGCGGGCGAUCCAGGCGAUCCUGCUGGGCUUGCCGUAGAGAAAGGUGAUGCAAGAGGCAGCUCGCCAAUGAGAGAACCACAGAAUUUGAAUGACGAGGAAGUAAAAUUGGCUGAGGAGGAAAAGGAUGACGAGGAAAUGGGCGAAGAUGGAGAGCUGUCGGCCGAGCCUGAGGAAGUGGUGGCUGGACCUGCAGAGGGACCUCUCGGAGAGAACCAUGAAAGGAUGGAUACUUCAUAA